AUGUUUGCCAACUUGACAGAGGAGGAAUUUGUUACCAAAGUGUUGACGUGCAGUCCCGAGAUAUUGGAAAACAUCAGUGUUUUGGAAUUUUUUAACAGCGACGCAUUGUUUGAGUUCAGUGAUAAUAUUUUCAGAAACUUGGCCCCAUAUUCUACCGAUCCUCGUAAUAACAAGAAACCCAUGAAGGAUCCAGAGGAGUUGGAAAGAGCUGAUAGGAUAUUUCUUGAGUUGUGUUUUAAUCUUCGUCAUUACUGGAGGCCCAGAUCACGGGCAUUGUUGUUCACACAGACGUAUCGCAAAGAGUAUAUUGAUUUGAUGAAGAGGCUUAGUAUUGUCGAUGAAGCGAAUGCAUGUUUGAAGAAGUCAGAUAGUUUACAGAAUGUCUUGGGUAUUAUACGAACAGUGGGUAAUUUCAUGAAUGAUGAAGCCAAACAAGCGAUGGGGUUCAAAUUGGAUACGUUGCAGAGAUUGAAGUUUAUGAAGGAUGACCAGAAUUCAAUGACGUUCUUGCAUUACAUUGAGAAGAUCAUCAGGCAUUCAUUCCCAGAGUAUGGCACUUUUGUUGAUGAUUUGGAGGCGCUACAGAAACUACAGAACAUAUCUGUUGAACAGUUAGAGACAGAUUGUGAAGAGAUGGCCAAGUCUGUUAGGAACAUCACGGACUCGAUGGAGAGGGGUAAAUUAAGCAAUGCGAAAGAGUUUCAUCCUGAUGAUAAGAUUCUUGAUAUGAUUGCCACACCAAUGCAGAGCGCACGAAACAAGAAUUCGUUGUUGCAAUCACAUUUGAAACGUACUGUUGAGGAGUUGAACUCGCUUAUGAUGUAUUUUGGUGAAAACCCCAAAGAUAGUACUGCUAGAAAUACAUUCUUCUACAAGUUUAUCGUAUUCAUCACAGAGUUUAAAAAGGCACACGUGGAGAAUAUUCAACGAGAAGAAGAACAGCGGACGUAUGAAGCCAGGAAGAAGAUACUCGAGGAUAGAAUAGCCAAGAGGAAGGAGAAGGAAGAGGCAAUUGUUGACACUGCUGAAGAGUCAUCUGCGGUUAUAGAUUCGUUGUUGGAGAAAUUAAAAACGACCACAUCGACCACGAGAACACGAAGCAAGAACAGGAGAAUCAAGGCAUUGUCGUUUUACAGUACAGGUGAUGAAGUAAUACCCGUGCUGGACAAGUACACCAGUGUGAAUAACUUGAAACGACGCAUGACAACAAGAAAGGGAUUAACUGAUGUGGAGGCGAGCGGCAAGAAUGACGAGAUUAUUCAGAGAGCACAAGCCAUGUUGCAACAGUUAAGAAACAGCGAAGCGACGAGUGAAUUGAGGCAAGAGACAAACACUGUGAUCAUAUAG